AUGUUUGUUAGUUCGAUUGUAUUCAGCAUAACUGUUUCAUCACUUUGGCCUUUUCUUCAAAUAGUUGAACCUCAUGCCGACGCACCUUUUCUUGGAUGGCUUGUUGCUGCAUUCUCUAUUGGUCAAUUAAUAGCGUCACCUAUAAUUGGCUAUAUUGCAAAUCGAACUAAUGAAAAUAAACUACCAUUAGUUAUAAGUACAGCACUCAUUGUUGUAGCUAAUGUUCUUUAUGCUUAUAUACAGAGUAUAAAUAAUUUUGUCUUUUCGAAUAAAUGGUGGAUUAUGCUGGCUCGUUUUAUUAUGGGAGUCGGUGCAGCUAAUUCAACGAUAAUGAGAUCUUAUGCUUCAGCGGCAACCACACUUACAGAACGAACAAAUGUUAUGGCUAAUCUAUCGGCUUAUCAAGGAGUUGGUUUUAUUCUUGGACCUCUAAUUCAAGCUCUUCUUGCUUUUCUUAGUUAUCCCGGUCCUGUACAUAAACGCUGGCUCUAUUUUAAUAUUUAUACAGCUCCAGCUUUUUUCAGUGCUUUAACAGGUGGCAUUAACCUUGUAAUGUUCUUAAUUAUAUUUAAAGAUGCACGAAUCGUGUCAUCAUCGAAAAAGAGUGUCAGUGGAACGGCAUCAGAUCAAACUUUAUCAUCAACUGAACGUAAUGAUCAACUAAUGGCUAUUUUAUGUUGUCUUUAUAUGUUUUUUGUUGCUUAUCUAACAUUUACAAACUAUGAAACAAUAGGUUCACCACUUUCAAUUGAUAUGUAUGCAUGGUCAAAAGAACAAAGUACAAGAAAUAAUGGUUAUAUACUUGGUGCACUUGGUUGUAUGUCGGUUGUAGUUUUAAUAGUUACGAAAUUAUUAGCUAGACGAUUUCAAGAUCGUGCAUUAGCAUUACUUGGUAUGAUUAUAUCCUUUCUCGGUUAUUUCAUUUUUUUGCCAUGGGGUACUGAUUAUCCAAGCGUUCAAAUUGCGUCAUUUACACCUACAACUGUAACUGUUACUUCACCAACAACAACAUCAUCGUCUAGUUUACUAACAACAACUGCUGAUACUGAUGAAAAAGGUUGUCCACUUGAUUAUCAUUGGUGUUAUACAGUACCACGUGUACAAUUAUGGCAAUAUAUAACAGCAUCAGUUGUUAUAACAAUAGGUUUUUCAAUUUGUAAUGUUAUUUGUUAUUCAAUAUUUUCAAAAAAACUUGGUAAUCGUCCACAAGGUACAAUGAUGGGUAUAUUUACUAGUGCUGGUUCAUUAGCACGUGCGUUUGGUCCAAUAACAGUUGGUUUUAUUUAUAAACAGUGGGGACCACGUAUGUUAAUGAUAUUUAUGCUUCUAUUUGUCUUAAGUAGUAUUGUAUCAUUGAUACCUAAUUACAAACGAUUGUAUAUUGAGACUGAAGAUGAACAUGAUGGUACUGAUGAAGAAUCUAAUUUUAAUAGCAGUGGACAUGAUAGGUCGAAUAGCAAUAUUGGUAUUGCUUAA